GCGAUUGGUACGGCCUGAGCCCUGCGUGCUCUGCGCGCUGCCGGCUCUUUGCGUCUGCGUAGUCCGCCCACCUCCCUUUCUGCCUCCGCAGCCGCCAUGGCGCCCGUGAAAAAGCUCGUGGCGAAGGGGGGCAAAAAAAAGAAGCAAGUUCUGAAGUUUACCCUUGAUUGCACCCACCCUGUAGAAGAUGGAAUCAUGGAUGCGGCCAAUUUUGAGCAGUUUCUUCAGGAGAGAAUCAAAGUGAAUGGAAAAGCUGGAAAUCUCGGUGGAGGGGUGGUAACCAUUGAAAGGAGCAAAAGCAAGAUCACUGUAACUUCCGAGGUGCCUUUUUCCAAAAGGUAUUUGAAAUAUCUGACCAAAAAGUACUUGAAGAAGAAUAACCUCCGCGACUGGCUGCGUGUGGUGGCCAACAGCAAGGAGAGCUACGAGCUACGCUACUUCCAGAUCAACCAGGAUGAGGAGGAGGAGGAGGACGAGGAUUAGAAGUCCUGUGUCUGGGAUGUUUUGUAUAAUCUUUAAAUAAAAUCUAGGAAUCACAGUGGUGGUUUUCCUUGUACCUCCGCAGUGUGGCUUAAACAGAAAAUUGGAGAUCAGAGUAAAAGCUUCGCUUGGGCGGCCUUUCACCUAUUUGUAAUUAGACUUUUCUCCUGCUUGAAGGUUUCAGGUUUACAUGGUAAGAAUACCAAAGCAGAGAGAAGCUCCUGUAAGGGAACUGCCGGGGAUUUGACCCCCAGCAGGUGGUUAAGAGUGGAAAUGUGCGCCCUUCAGUUGUCACUGUUUGACUUCCAAAAGUGGGACGGUUUUAUCCCGUGCUUUUCUCAGAUUCAGGUGUACUACGGGGCUCCUAGUUUGCUGAGCAAAACCAGCAACUUACCUGAGGUUCUCUUGCAGGAAAAAGGCAGGCUCGGAAAUUUAAAAAGCAGGGUUCUGGGGCAUUUCAAGUUUGGGUUACAAAUUACUCCCACACAAUGACUAUGUUAAUCCUUUUCUUCCUGUAGAAAUAAAAUUUCCUUUGGUGCCACUG